AUGAUGAUUAUGUCUAUUUUGAGUUCUAUUUUAAAUAUCCAAAAGUUUCUAAGAAUUGUUUCCUAUACUGGAUUCUAUUACUUUAUUACAGUCAUCACAUAUGCGUACCCCAACAACACAACUAGAGCCGGGUACUCGAGAGCUAACCAGUUCUAUGCUUCUUAUCCGGCUGGAACAGAGCUUCUUAGAGACACCACUAAGUUAUAUAAAGCAGCACUGGGGAAUGUUUUUGAAGAAGAUGAAUGGGGACUGGUUGAAUGGUGCAUCCUAGCUAAACAUUUUGAACGUCAAGGAAAAUCACCAUACGCAAUCAUGCUCAACACAUGGCGCACCUCACUUCUAAUGGACAACUAG